GUUGACUGCGGUGCAAAAUGAAGAGCUCGGGCUCCUCCGUCUCAGACAAUGAUGAUGCAUUGUUUAAUGAAACAUCAACCAUAGGGCGAUCAGUAGUCUGUGUGAUCCUGGGCAUGUCGUUCCUGGUGGGGGUCCCGGGGAACCUGCUGGUGAUCUGGACCAUCCUCAGGCACGUCCAGCAGCGCUCCCACACCGUGGUGCUCAUCCUCCACCUGGCUGCUGCAGACCUGCUGGUGCUCAUCACCCUGCCCCUGUGGAUCUACUCCCUGGCCCGCUCCUGGGUGUUCGGGGAGGCAUCCUGUAAGGCCAUGGUGUACAUCAUCAACACCUGCAUGUACAGCAGCGUCUUCCUCAUCACCCUCAUGAGCAUCGAGCGCUUCCUUGUCAUCCUGUACCCGUUCAAGAUGUUGCGCUGGAAGACCAAGGCAAUUAUGGACAAGGCUCUAGUGGCUAUCUGGGUUCUGGCUUUCCUUUUAGGGAUCCCAUCCAUUCUUACCAGCUCUAUGGAUGAGAUCAAUGGGACUGAGCAGUGUCUUUUCAAGGAGUACAGCUCAGUGGCCCAAGAGGUGGUGUUCUUAUGCCUGGAGAGCUUGGUUGGCUUCGUGGUCCCCUUCUCCACCCUGGCUCUCUGUUACUGUCUAGUAGCAACACACUUGAGGACAAUGCAUUUCGGCAGCAGCAAACAGAAGUCGACAGUUCUGAUCAGUAGUGUGGUGGUAGCCUUCGUUCUCUGCUGGCUUCCUCACCAUGUCCUCAACACUGUAGACCUAGUCAGCAUCCUGACAGAGGAUCCAGAUGAAGCUGUGCCUGUUUCAGUGGCCCAGACUGCAAUAGUGUUUAUCUCUGGAGCGCUGGCCUUCAUUAGUAGCUCUGUGAACCCUGUGUUCUAUUCCUUCGCUGCAAGGAACUUCCAGGGCAGUCUCCAGGAGUCCCGCAUGGUCAGGCUGUUCCAGGAACUCUCCUCACACACAUCCUCCAAGCUAAGGGGAUCUGGCAACACAAUAGGAUCAGAAAACACAAUGUCCUCAGUAAGGCCAGACUGCAACAAUACCACAGACAUAACUACUGUGUAGGACUACAGAGAUGGUGGCGCUGGAUAAGAGCAUUCUGGAUAAGUCGUUCUGGAUAAGAGCAUUCUGGAUAAGUCGUUCUGGAUAAGAGCAUUCUGGAUAAGUCGUUCUGGAUAAGAGCAUUCUGGAUAAGUCGUUCUGGAUAAGAGCGCCUGCUAAAUGACUAAAAUGUCAAAUGAAAACUGUGACCUGAUCAUUGAUUCAGAUGUCAGCAUUGAUGAGAAAUAAAUAUGUCUAGAAUCUAGAAGUUUGAUUAACAGUUGUAUUUUUAUGAUCAUGGUACAAAAUGUAGAUAUUGUUGUGGUCCUUGUGAAAUACGGUGAGAAAAGCUCACACAAGUAAUUCAAUUGUGACUAUUUCAACACAAUAAAGCGAUUGCAUUUGCUCAUAAA